UGUUGAAAUACGGCCCAGUGAAAAGUGAAACUCCCGGGGAGACAUGUACAGGCGAAUCCACAUCGAUUGAAAGCCACCGCAGGAGGAGCCUGGGGUCCUCGUUGUCACAUAUGUUGAAAUACGGCCCAGUGAAAAGUGAAACUCCCGGGAGACAUGUACAGGCGAAUCCACAUCGAUUGAAAGCCACCGCAGGAGGAGCCUGGGGUCCUCGUUGUCACAUAUGUUGAAAUACGGCCCAGUGAAAAGUGAAACUCCCGGGGAGACAUGUACAGGCGAAUCCACAUCGAUUGAAAGCCACCGCAGGAGGAGCCUGGGGUCCUCGUUGUCACAUAUGUUGAAAUACGGCCCAGUGAAAAGUGAAACUCCCGGGGAGACAUGUACAGGCGAAUCCACAUCGAUUGAAAGCCACCGCAGGAGGAGCCUUGGGUCCUCGUCGUCAAAUAUGUUGAAAUACGGCCCAGUGAAAAGUGAGACUACCGGGAUACGGAAAAAAUCAGAAGGAAAAGAAAAUGAUAUCCCGGGAGUCUUGGGCACAUUCGGAUUGUUAAGAACGGAAUCUAAAGAAGAGCCGCAGUACUUUUUACCCGUUGUCUUCGAAGGGAACAAUGGGCAUCUCGCUAUCUCAACGAAUCUACUUUUAGAUACAGCCUGUUCCCUUAGUACGAUAUCCUUAGAUAUGAUUAAAAGUUUAGAUAUUACGUGGGCAGUUAAUAGUUUGGACAAGACAGAUUUGAAAACACACGGUAAAGUUAUCCGCUCAAUAGGGACUGUUUGGCUCCGUUUAAUGACGUUGUCGGGUUUUUUUUUCGUUCAUAAAUUCUCGGUAGUCGACGGUAACAUAAGUAAUAUUUUAGGAUCAGAUUAUUUCGACUCUAUGAACUGCAUAAUCGACCUGAACGAAGAUCUUCCGCGGAUUUCUAUAAGAGAAAAAAUAGAGGCAGUUCAUGGAGUGUUUCCUGGUAUUAGUUAUUCCCAAGUCAAAAUUAAUGGGAGACUUUUCCCUUGUAUUGUCGACACAGGUUUAAAUGUAACAGUCAUCCCUAAGAAUUUAAUGGGGACUAAACGUAAUCAAAAAUUCAAAGUAACCAUCUUAACCAACGCCUCGCGAUCCGCAGCGGUAUUUUGGAAGAUUGCGCAAAAUCUGAAAGUGGAAGUAGGUGACCUAGACGAGCUUCGCGUAGACGCCCUCGUGGGCGGCAACAUCGAAGUGCCCAUAUUAGGCACCAACGUAUUGCGCGGUACGACACUUGAGUACCUGCAUGGGAACUUUUAUAUUCAUAACUCAAAGUAAUGCUUAAAUCAUUUGAGCAUGUAUAAAUUUAACAAUCUAUGUUUCUUUGAUUUAUAUAAAGAAUAAAUGAAUGAAUAGGUUUCGACUAUGAAAGUAAGUCUCUUCCUGUAUUUAGAU